AUGCUGUUGAACAAUACCAAAAGGAUGCAUGCCAGUGGGCCGUCGCCCACACACGAGCUAUACACGACGGCGUUCCACGCGGUGCUGCUGCUGCAUCUUGUGGUGGUGGUGCUGCUGCUGUACCGGCAGCUGUCGUCGCGCCUGGCGAUGAGCCAGGUGUGUCUGCUGCUGAGCGUCGUGUUCGUGUGUGUGCGCCACCGCUUCACACGACUGUUCAGCGUGCUGUGCAGCAUAGCGGGCCUGACAUCCCUCGCGGAGGGCCUGCUGGAAUCGUGCGCUUUCUACUCGCGGGCCAUCGACAUGGGCGCCGCCACGACGACCACCGGCGUGGCGCUCCUGGCCCACUGUCGGUCGCGCGCGCUGUUGCAAGCUGGACUUGUGACGUGCUUCUGCGUAAUACAAAUCGCCAACCUGGUGAUACACAUAGUGGGAGUGCCCCUGCCGCUGCCGUUGAUGAAACCGGCUUGCACAGAAAAGCAUAGCGACGACGACGACGACGACGACCACAACGACUACAACGACGACUACAUCGACGAAGAUGACGACGGCGACUACAACGGCGACUACAACGGCGAAAAAGCCACCGCUGGACCAGCCGGAACAGGCCAUGCUAACACGCGCCAGGCCGAUGACUACGUAUAG